AUGGAGCGCCGCCUCAGGAGACACUCAUCGCCCAGCAACAGGGAGGCGUACCUCCGCUACUUGAAGCCCGGCGCGUUGGCUCAACUCAGAGACUCGCGUAUCAGCGCCGCCCGAACUCACCGAGUCACUAAAUCAGUAGUCCAGGCUCAGAUCUGUGCUUCUCCAUCCCGCUCUCCCUCAGCUACUUCCCCUGGUUCACCUACGCAGGUCAACGGACCUCCGUCCUCUCCCUCGUUCUUCUCGGGCCGGAUCUACGGCCCGCGUUGCCCUCAAAGGAAGAAACUUAUGGCUGCUAGAGCUGUUUUCAUCUCUGGCCCGAAUUUCUCAGGAACCGGCAUGGAUUCACCCGGCCAGGUUAUGGAUUUGAUUGGUGGGAGUGAAAAUAGUUCCAAUAAUAACAUUCUAGUAGCACAUUGA